AUGUAUGUGAAAUGCUUUGAUACAGUAAUGUUUUACUAUGUGAUUUUAGUGAAUGUCACUUUUUGUCAUUUUCAAAUUUCCUGCCAUUCCGUCCCCCGUAUGUCCCGACGCUCGCAGGGGACGGAACCCAGAUGACAGAUGCCGGCAUCCGCUGGAUUACAUUGCGGGGGACACUGCAGGAGGGACAUUGUGGGAGUGAAGGACAAGGUAAGUGAUCGAGGGAUCGCGGAGCAGGUAAGCCCGGGUGUAGCUAGGGGUUACCGCUUGUGCUACACUCGGGAAUACCGCCAGGGAGGU